GUGAGUGGAUAAGAGAUGCCCAGGGAAGGCGGUUUGAGGUGAGACAGAGAAGGACAGAUCAGGUGCCUUUGGAACUCCUCAUAAACCUGUGGUUCUUGGGAGGAAUCCCAGUUUGCCCAGUAGAAGAGAUCAGACAGGAUCCUGCUGCACUUCCCAGCUAAGACGCUCUUCAUUUGGAUUCAGCCUUACUGUCAGCUUCCCCAGUAAUUAAAGCCCUGCAUGCUCUCUUCUGGGUCCUUAGCAGAAUGUUCAAGGAAUAUUUCCAAUACAAGGGGGUCAACUUUCCUCACAUCAUCUAUUCAGAACAAGUGCUGCAGUUGGUGGAAAACAGUUUUCAAGUUCGAGACGAUGACGUUUUCAACGUCACCUACCAAAAAUCAGGGACAGUAUGGAUGCUGGAGAUCCUCAGUCUCAUCCUGAGGAAUGGGGACCCCACCUGGUGUCAGAGCAUCCCCAACUGGGACCGGGCCCCUUGGUACGAGACAGUGAUGGGCUACCGGAAGGCUUUAACCAACAAGUCACCUCGCCUCAUCAGCUCUCACCUGCCAAUUCAACUGUUUGCAAAGUCCUUCUUCAAGUCCAAAGCCAAGAUAAUCUAUACAGUUAGGAACCCGAAAGAUGUCUUAGUGUCCCUCUACCACUUUGCCUCGAUGUUUCGCCCUUAUAAAGACCCUGGAACCUUGGACCGAUUUCUGGAAGAGUUUCUAAAGGGGGAUGUGCCUUUUGGAUCCUGGUUUGACCAUGUUAAAGGCUGGAUGAACCUGAAGGAUGAGGAGAACAUCUUCUUCAUCACGUAUGAGGAGCUGCAAGAGGACCUGCGGGGAAGCAUAGUCCGUAUCAGCCAGUUCUUGGGUAAGGAUCUAGACGACACAGCCAUCGACUCUGUGGUGGCAAAUGCCUCCUUUGAAGCCAUGAAAAGCAAUAAAAUGUCAAACUUCUCCCGUGCGCCACGAUUCCUCAUGGACCAGAAGAAAAGUGCUUUUCUUCGCAAAGGGAUCUCUGGUGACUGGAAGAACCAUCUGACAGCUGAACAGAGUGAACGUUUCGACCGGAUCUACCGGGAGCGUGUGCAAGAUUUAGAUAUUACAUUUCCUUGGGACAAAAAAUGCAACCUGCUCUCCCUUGGCUCUUCCCCCUCAUCAGACUGAUUCAUAACUCUGUGGGACACCAACAGUUAGUGUAACAUGCAGUAGAUUAAUGGGAACAUCUAGGGUGGGAGAAGCAGAAGUUGGCAUUUUUGGAUGGUAUGGGAGAAAAUAAGACUUAGUGAGUAAGAACAGGCAGCUAAGGUUCCAGAAAACAAUGGAAAGUACUGGAAUAUAUUCCGGAGGUGGCCAAACGGGGACAGAAGCACUGUUCUUUGGUUUAAGACAGGAGUCCCCAACCUUUUAGAACCUGCAGGCACCUUUGGAAUUUGAUACAGGAAGUGGGCACAAUCACAAAAUGGCUGCCACAGUAGGUGGAGCCAAUCACAAAAUGGCUGCCACAGUAGGUGGAGCCAAUCACAAAAUGGAUGCUGUAGGAGGUGAAGCCAUCCACAAAAAGUCAAGGAUUGAAUUAUGCAUAACUUUAAUAGUAACUCAUCAACAUAUAUGUAGACACGUAUAUGUUAACUAAUGUUAAGUGGUUUCCAUAUUGGGACUUUCUGUUUCCCCUCACAAGAUCCUUCAGCACUUUUCUGCAUUGCUGCUGUGCUAUGGCUGACAAUCCCAACUGCUCAGUAUCUCAUUUACAGGAUUCCUCUCCUUCCAGACAUGUUUAGGGGAGAACUAAAUAAAUGUUGACUUCUUCUCUCA